AUGGACCUUUCGACCCCCGAUGCAUCCGAAGCCCUCAAAGAUUCCAGCCGCAUCGUACUGCUUGCAUCGACCACUCCAGCAGCAUCAGCUACCUUGCACGGGACUCUAGCAGCCAAUCAAGCAGUCCGGAGCUACGCAGCGGUCCACUUCAAAGGCCGGGUUCCCGCCUUCGGUGACAUCAGAAACGUCCCAGCGGCUGUCCCUCCUCCACCAAAUGCAGGGGGCGUGCGUGGAGGGCGCCCUUCCUAUGCCGCCAAGCAGGGGGGCGCCGACUUCUCGUUCGACUAUGGACUCGCCUUCAGCUUGCGGCCUGCCGGGGCCUUUGAUCGAGGCGGAUUCGGCUCGACGUGCAUCGGGCGCACGUGCGGCGGGAAGGGGGCGGUCUACACUCGGAGGAGCGAACCCUUCAUCUGGGAGCGGAAACGAAACCGAGGCGGAGCAGUCAUCUGUCGAGGUGGUGGAGGGCAUCUCCUUUGCCUUCGAUGCGUGGAGGCCCAGUACAAAGAGGGGAACCCCUUCGUUUCCAGCGCGAGCGAAGGGCCCGUUUCUCAGCAAGAGCUCUUCACCAAGUACGAAGUGUUUCCCAAGACGAAAGAGCUUCGAGAGGUACGGUCAGGGGAGGUAGGGAGCGAAGGCGGCCACCAAUUCUUUGUGCAGAGGAGGGACCUCGCCCCCUGCCCGUACUGCUGCGAGCCCAAGGUGGCCGGUCCGUCAAGGCGCGGUGUCAUGAGAGCGCUGGAAGAGGGGCCGAGCCCACGGGAGCUCGGCACGGUGGCGAUCCUAUCGGAGUUGAGUCGGAGCAAAGUCCCUCCGAUUGCGGUUGCCCCCGGCCUUUUCCUUUUGCCCCAGCUCGACGCCCCCAGCGGGCGCCUUCUGGACAUUUUUGCCACGGAUCGGGGGCUCGUCAACGCUCCCCGACUCGUGAAGGUCGACCACAUGGGCAGCUUCCGGUGCCUGUGCGGUCAGAAGGCGUGCCGUGACCACGACGUGGGAUUCUUGGAGGCGACGCGUCUCAUGGGCGGCUGGUGGCAAAACGGAGAGGCCAUCUUCACGGCCUUUGACGACAGUCGUCCGUUCGUGCGGGAGGUCACGAGCGGUGUGUCUUGGGUGUUGCCGCUAGACCAAGGGGGGUGCGUGGGGGGUGCUCUCUUUGGGUUAGACGCGGAGGCGUGGAAAGGCGGGCCGCAGCUCCGAGUGUUUGUUGUGAGCAAUCCUAAGGAGAAGCCCGUGGUUUGCGUGCUUGUAGGAGAGAAUGCGCACUGUGGCGAAGUCGACUGCACGGGUCCAAAACGGUGCCGGCACCUUUUGGGCGUGCUUUCGAAUCAAUCUCUGCCUCUGAUUGAGCGCGCCGCAGAUGGAGGUGGGAGUGAGGUGACGCGGACCCUCGCUGAGAGACGGGCGGAGAGGGUCGGGCAGCGAGAAGCGCGGGCAAGGCGGCUCUUGGUCUGCAACGACUCCGUGUGCCGACGACCCGACUCAAAGGCCGUCUGCACGCAUGGAGGUACGCUCGAGGCUUGGGAGUGUCUCUCCGCUGCGGUGCUCGACAUGGGACAUAGCCACAAGAGGAUAAGUACGGUCAUGAGCCGUGGGGGGAGAAGUGUCACGAGCUUGUGCGAGCGCUGGGGCGACCGGGGUGUACGAGAGAGGGACGAGGCAAAGCAUUUCUGCGCCCCGCGACCCGUCAAUCCGCUCUCACCGUGUGGCCGCGCAUGGCAACUGGAGAGUAGGAACGGGGCUCUGACAACCGCGGGAGCGCGCUACCCGGUCACUACCUAUCGAAGGGUCUGUCGACUGGCACCGGGACGCGAGGCGGCGUGCUGCUCAGUAGCCUACGACGGCCAGGAAGACGGCAUCUUCAACUUCUCCGGCACCAACCUCAUCUCGCACGGACUCCUCUUGCGCAACCACUUUGCCGCAGCUCUGGGGGCAGCUCACAGCCUCAACUUUGAGGCGGGGGACAUGGCCACAAGGUGCCUCGAGGGGCCCAGCGUCCCUAGGCUGGACGACCGGGUGUUUGACGCUGCCAUGCAAGCCUUCAACGACCUCGCCGCGCGGCCUCGAAUCCAGCACGUCUGCAACCGUCUUGAUUGCGCACACCUCUAUACCUCAGAGGUGCGGGCCGCCGAGGUAGAAGCGGAGGCGGCUGGCAAGCCUCUUGCGCCGGAGCGGACCGAGGGGUCUCCUGUUGAGCUGUCGACCUACGCCUUCUGCCGCGACAAAGUCAUCACGUUCGAUGGGACAUUCUUCCCCAAUUCGAGCGCCAUGCGCGAUAGCGCGGAGGCGACGCUCCACAGCGUCUGCGAGCCGGACCCAGAGGCCCCUAUGGUUCGAGGAGGUUUCACUCCUCUGAGCGUAGGCGGAGUGCGGCCAUCCGACGUCCCUCUGGAGGGCAUUGACGGACCCUGGAAGUACAGGAACGGGCUGUCAGAGCUUAGGCCGGCCGUUCGAACUGCGGCCCUUCGGUGGUGCAACUUCCGGAAGGCGGCCGCCCAAGGGAGCAACCUGCCGCUCUCGGCCGACGAGUUCGUGGCGAUGCGGGAAGGUUUGCCGCCUCACGUGAGAGCCCUCUUGGAUUUUGCCACCGAGUCGGUAGCGUGCCCCAACCCCGCCGACUGCGCGACUUGCAGAGCGGUGCCUCGCCGCCCCUGGAUGGACGGGGUGUUGAAGAACGGUCCCGUAGCGCCCACGGAAUGGUGUCCGACCCACUUUCAAUCGUACGCGGCACUCCUGCACGCUCUGCUCAUCCCUCGGUACAGCUGGGUGUUUGGCCACAUCGUGGCGCUGAAGCUGCUAAGGCACGUGUUGCUCGAAGGAGCGCUCGACGAGCGGGGGCUUGCGUACCUCACAAACGAUGCCCCGAUGCUGGCGGCAAUCCUUCGAAGGCACCCGACGAACGAAGGGCCCAAGCAGUACUGCUUUCCCUCGGCGCUACGGCCUCUCAUGCGCGACAUCUACGCGGCCAAUCUACUAUGCUUUGAGCCGACUGCCAACCGCCCCGGGGCAUCGCUUCGAUCCCCUUUGGCGGCCCUCUAUGACGCCACUGAGCAUCUAUGGGCCCUUGAGAGUGAGAAACUCCGAUCAUUGGGCAACUCUGGGGAGGCCGCCAUUCUCUAUGCGGAACAGCGCGGCGCGGCGCUCAAAGGGGCUGCGAAUUCUCGCUUGUUCGACCUGGAGGUGCGAGAACCCCAGUGCUACACACCAAACGGCUUCCUUAGAGAGCCCUCCGCUGUUUAUAGGGACCGCGUCGGGGCCGUCUCGCUGUACGACUUCCAUCCUUUGCUUUAUGGGCGGCCGCAGUUCACAGACUGGGAGGACACUUCGGGUCGAGGGAGAAAAGGCUCGGAAGAGCGGCUGGCGCAGCACUGCGGGGCUCCCACUCCUCGGUCGGCAAAGGGCCGUGCUGGAAUGUUUAUCGCGUGCUGCCAAGACCGAGCGCCGCUGGGCUAUCACUGGCUUAAGGGAGGCGAGAGCGUAUCCGACCUCGGCACCGUUCUGAUCACACGCUUCCCGUUCAAGACGCUCCGUGGACUGACGAUAGUCGAGGAUGCCGCUUGCAAUGCGCAAGAGUGGCUCUUGAAUCGGGUGCCUCAGCUGGCAAAGUUCAUGCUAUUCGUUGUCGAUCGGUUUCACUCGGGACCCGUGAGCUGCGCGCCGGCCGGAGCCGCUAAGCGCUACGCAACGCACACUUGUUCGCCGACGCUCUUCAUCGAUUCGUACCCUCAGCACGAGGCGACAGUGACAACCGCUAGCGAGGGCCUGAACUCGGGCCUGAAGCGCUCGGCGGCUAGUUUGCAGCAGAUCACGAGCAUCAGGCGGCUGAUGAGUAGAGUCACGACCAUCCUCGACACGCUGUUUGAGCGUUUAAAGUACGCGGACUAUUGGAUCGUGUCGCUGCCAAGUAUCCACCCAUUCGACGGUCGAGCUCCAGAGUUUGCCGUCGUGGAGCGCCUUGCAGAUAGCGUUUUGUGGUGGGAACCACCAUCCCUUGUGCGUUCGCACUUGCUGGAUGCUGCGUGCUUGCGGCCUCAUGUUAAAGAUGGCACUCAAAGAUUUCAUCAAGACGUUGACGUCAACAUGGCGAUCCUCCUUAAUGUCUAG